AGGUUCAAGGCCGCCUCUUUUCCGCCUCCCGGACGCUCCGGUCCAGCUUCGCUCGAGCUUCGCUCGGUCCCGCGGUCGCCAUGGGCGGCGCCUUUUCGGGGAGCUCCUACACUGCGCCGGCGGAGGUCCCCACCAAAUGGUUCCCAGACUUUGAGGCCAACCUGCCAUCCCUGGAGAACAAGGUCUUCUGCAUCACUGGAUGCACCUCCGGUACUGGGUACGUGGCGGCCCGCACUGCGGCGCGCAAGGGCGCGCACGUGGUGAUGCUGAACCGCCAGAGCGGCCGGGCGGAAGCAGCGGAGAAGGCGCUGAAGGAGGAGGUUCCCAACGCCAAAGUCACACAGGUGGAGUGCGACUUGCAGGACCUCAACAGUGUCCAAGCAGCCGCAUCCAAGCUGAAGAGCAUGUUCGGGAGCUCCGGCGUUGACGUCCUCUGCAACAACGCUGGAGUAAUGGCUCUCGCCGACCAGGCGACCAAGGAUGGAUACGACGUGCAGAUGCAGACGAACCACUUGUCACAUUUUCUCCUCACCAAGGAGCUGUACCCGCUUCUGCAGAAAGCCGCCAGCGAGCGAGGUGAGGCGCGGAUCGUGCAGCACAGCUCGGGUGCGCGUAAGUUCCCGAACACGGACCUGGAGGCCAAGUACUUGGGCAAGAACGGCGGUGACCUUGGGGGCAACGGCAACUCCAUGUUCUUCGGCGGAGCUCGCUGGGAGAGGUAUCACCAGACGAAGUUGGCCAACGCGGUGUUCACCAAGGAGCUGGACACCAGGCUCCGUGCGGCCAACUCCAAGGUCAAGGCGUGCUGCGCAGCGCCCGGGCUGGCGGCCACCAACCUGCAGGUGACAACCAGCCAGGACGACGGAUUCCAUGCGCCCUGGAUCAUGCGCUUCGGCCAGUCCGGGGAGGAUGGCACCAUGCCCCUACUCCAAUGCUGCGCUGGCAGCGUGGAGUCCGGGGACUUCUUUGAGCCCGAGGGCAUGGGAAACAUCAAGGGCCCGCCCACCAAGAUCGCGCCCGAGCCCUUGUGGACGAAGCCGGAAAGUGGGAAGAUCUUGUGGGAGGAGUCCGAGAAAGCAUGUGGAGCCUUCAAGGUGGAGUGACAGCUCGGCAAAUUUGUAAAGCAUCCGAACCCUAGCUCCCCUUGAGGGGGAAUCUGGAAGGAAAAGGAGGUUGGUUUAGGCAAUAGGCGUUGAUGCCGGUUGGUUCAAACGGGGGGUGGAAUCACCCAAUCCGUGAUCCAACGAUAUGCGCAAGUUGCUUGCGCCCCAGUCUCAUAUUGUGAGGCAUGUGAAGAUGCUGAACCCCUUAGCCAUUGGCUUUUUGCAAUCGUUUGCUUACCACAGAAGUACAGAUUGGCGGCCGCCAA